AUGGUUAAGGUGGCUAUUGCACUCUCAAAAGUGUGUAAUGAAUACUUACUAGUGCAUGGUACUAAGUACCUGGUAGUUGUCCAGCUUAUGGGUUUCCAAUACAAGAUGCGUGCAGUAUAUGCUCAUUUCCCCAUCAACUGUGUCAUCUCCAAUAACAAUCAGUCUGUUGAAAUCCGUAACUUCUUGGGUCAGAAGUACAUCCGUAGAGUUGACAUGCAAACAGGAGUUACCAUCACUGCUUCUCCCAAGCAGAAGGAUGAGUUUGUUGUGGAGGGUAACUCCAUUGAAGCUGUCUCUCAGUCAGCUGCGGGAUCCAACAGAGCACCACUGUUAAGACAAGGAUAUCCGAAAAGUUCUUGGACGGUCCCCUUUUACCAGGGCCCCGAACACUGCAACAAAACCCCCUCACAAGCCUACUAG